UUGAUGUCUAAUACUCAUACUGUAGAUGUAGAUAACAUUCUAAAAUGUUUAAUACAUAUUGCCUAGUUUCCUACAUUAAUUAAUAUUCAUUAUUCAUUAUUUAGGUAUUAAAAAAUUACAAUAUUAUUUUCAUUAUGCUUAAGCAUCGUUUUUGAGUAACCUGGUAUCAAUAUUUCAAUCGUCAUUCACGAACCAAAGUACAAGCUAACAUCAAAUCAUCAUUAUAUAAUUUCAUAGCUUAAAACAACCAAGUGUUAGUUAAAUGCCUAAUUAAAUAACAUUCGGACUACAUUGCUAUAAUGGUCAAUGAUUUAUUUGCGAAGUAUAUAAAAUAAAAUGAGUCCUAAAAUAUUUGUUAACAUCUUGACCUCUCCAAAGUCUUUAUUUAAAAAACAAAUAACACAUGGAUAUGUUCAGCAUAUAUACAGACGCUGGAAGAAUGAAUCACAUCUGCCACCAAAAGACUUUAGUGAUUUACAGACUAUGCAAGACAUUAAACUAAAAUUAUCCAAUAUAAUGGGUAUAUCUGGAAAAUACGAAAAUGAAGAAAGGGGAUGGUUAUCUGAGUAUUUGCCAAAAGAACAAAAUGAGCUACCCCCUCGUUCUAUGAAUGACAGUUUUGAUAGAGCUAUAGUUCCUUUGAGCACUAAUUUGACAUUGCAAAAUAAGUAUACUACAACAUUCAAAGGCUUGCGAAUUGGGCGCCUUUUAGAAGAUAUGGAUCUUUUUGCUGUUUGGAUUGUUAUGAAGCACAUUUAUAAUCCAAUGCAACCAUUGGAUGUUCCAACACCUUACGUUGUUGUAACAUUACUAGUAGAUGAUGUUGUCAUAAAUGCUAAUCGAUUUCCAGAUAAAGAUUUGAUUAUAAGCGGCCAAGUAACUCAUGUUGGUAAAACUUCAUUAGAGGUUACUUUGUGGCUUGAACAAUUAAAUGAUGAUAAAUUUGAGCGUAUUACUAGAGCUCAUUUUGUGUUUGUUGCAAGAGAUCCAACAAAUACAUCAUCUGUCAUGGUAAAUAAUUUAGUGCCAGUUGGAGAGCGUGAAAAAAAUCUUAUGAUUCUUUCUGCAAAAAAAAAUGAGGAUAGAAAAAUGGCUCGCCAAAACUCCAUAUUGAAUAAAAUGCCAACACCUGAAGAACAAUCACUUAUAUAUGACACAUUCAUGAAAACAGUCAAUAAAAAAGAGCCAAUAAUUGGCAAUAGAGUAUUACCAGAAAAUAGUGUGUGGAUGGAUGAUACUAUGCUUGAGACAAAUAUUCUUUGUCAUCCUGAAGAUCGAAACUUACAUAAUACUGUUUUUGGUGGUUAUUUGAUGCGUGUUGCUACUGAACUUGCAUUUUUAGUAGCAAGUGCACACAGCAAAACAAGAGUGACAUUACAAGCAAUUAAUAGUAUAACUUUUCGAAAACCAGUUCCAAUUGGUAGCAAAUUGAAGUUAAAUGGACAGAUUUGUUAUACCAGUGGUAGAGUAAUGAUAGUAGAAAUUAUUGCCAAAGUUGAAGAACUUGAAAGUAAAAAGAGUUUAACUUCAAACUCAUUUUACCAUGUCUACGUUGCUCCGAAUGAUGUUGAUUCAGUAUUGCCACAGAACUAUCAUGAUUCUAUGCUCUAUAUUGAUGGGCGUAGACGGUACUUGGAUUUUAUCAACCACUUAGAAAAAGGGCAACCAGAGAACUAAUCUGAUUAUGGGAAUAUAACAUAUAAUAUUAAGGAGUUCAAUAACACAUUCUAAUAAACUAAUUUUCUAACUUUUGAGUUUCAAGAUAAAAUUUCAAAUCUAAAUGAGUGUUAGCAAACAGUCUUUGUUCAAUACUGCAUUAAGUUUUAAUAAUAAAAAAAAAAACAGUUUUUUUCAUAUAAAUAAUUACCUCUUUAAUUUUAAA